GAAACCUAAUCGGAAAAACCAUAACAAUCCUCCCCUAUGUAUAUAGUAUUUAACUUGGCAAUACUAAUUACCAGUUACGUCUCCGUUUCCAAGAAUGUUUUUCUUUAACUUGCUUUAGUUCUUUACGACAACAGAAAUUGAAUUGGAAUUGUAUUCUAAAAUUUUCACAGUUGCAAACUACAAAUACGAGUAGUUAGAAGGGUAAAUAAGCAGGAGUAGGACAUUGCAAUUGGUCAGUUGGAGAAAGCAGCAACGCCGCCGCGUUGAGCGUCCUCCGCCCUUGCGGUAGUGCCAACUGCCAAGGAGAUUCUCAUAUUCAGGGUACGUACGUAUGAGUUAUCUUUUACAUUAGGAUUAGGACGAGAAAAAGCCUGAAAAAGAUUAUGAAGGGUGUUUUGUUCUUUAAGUCGAAACCUAAGGCUACCCCUGCUGACCUAGUUCGACAGACUCGUGAUCUCCUCAGCCAUGUCAAUUCUGCGCCAAACACUUUCCAAAGCCAAAGCCAAAGCAAACGCCAAGUAAAUAUGAUAAAUACCAUCGGCAAGCUAUUGGAAGAUUUGAAGUUAAUUCUUUAUGGAGAUAGUGAUACUCAACCCGUAGCAUCAGCUUGUGCGCAAUUGACCGAGGAGUUCUUCAGGGAAGAUACCUUAUGCCUUCUAAUUAUUUGUCUUCCAAAGUUGAAACUCGAGACCCGCAAGGAUGCUACGCUACUGGUUUCAAAUUUGCUUAGGCAAAAGGUCCGUUCGAGGUUUAUUGCUUGUGAUUAUUUGGAACAAAAUCUCGAGUUAAUCGAUGUUUUGGUCGGUGGUUAUGAGAAUAAUGGCAUGGAGAUCACGGCUUUACACUAUGGUUCUAUGCUAAGGGAUUGCAUACGCCAUCAAGAUCUUGCAAGGCAUGUCUUGGAAUCGAAGCUAAUGAUGAAGAAAUUUUUCGAUUACGUGCAAGUUGCACGUUAUGAAGUUGCUGCUGACGCUACCGAAACUUUUAAGCAAUUGUUAACGAGGCAUAAAUCAACUGUGGCCGAGUUCCUAUCCAAAAAUUAUGAUUGGUUUUUCGUGGAAUACAACUCUAAGUUGCUUCAAUCUCCGAAUUACCUUACCAGAAGGGAAGCCGUGAAGUUGCUGGGAGAGAUGCUGAUGCAUCGCUCAAAUUCAGAUGUCAUGUUGCAAUAUGUUAGUUCGAGGGACAAUUUGAGGAUUUUUAUGAAUCUUCUCAGGGACUCCAGCAAGAUCAUUCAAGUUGAUGCGCUUCGAAUUUUCAAGUUGUUUGCUGCUAAUGAAAAUAAGACCCCAGAGAUUGUUGGGAUUCUCGUGGCAAACAGAAAUAAGCUUCUACAGCUCCUCUUUGCAGAAUUGAAGAUUGACAAUAAUGGGGAUCCACAAUUGCAGGCUGACAAAGCCCAAGUCGUUAAAGAUAUUUUUGCACUGGACGUCAAGGUUAAGGCGUGAAUAGUAUUGGUGUUGUUUGUUGUUAUUUUCUUCCCCAUUGAAAUUUUGCAGGUUUAGCUUUU